GCGGCGCUGGCUGCGGCGGCCGCUGCCCGGAGGCGGGAUCCUGAUAUAAGCCUUCAGUAAUCCCGCUGAGGCCGGAACCAGAGGCGGGCGGGGACUUCCGCGCCGACGCGGCCGCCAGCGCUGGGACGGCCCUCACUGGCGGUCUUUGGUCUCCGCCCCGACAUCCGGCCCCGAGCACAUGGUGGGCGGACGGGGGCGGUCCUGAGCCUGCGACCUCGCAGGACCCUAAGUCAAGGCCACAGUCAGGGGCGGGCGCUGGGAGGCGAGUGUGAACUCAGCGACGGAGAGCGAGCUCGCCACGCGCAGCGCCAUGACCAGCAAGGGUCCCAAGGAGGAGCAUCCAUCAGUGACGCUCUUCCGCCAGUACCUGCGCAUCCGCACCGUCCAGCCCAAGCCUGACUAUGGAGCUGCUGUGGCCUUCUUUGAGGAGAGAGCCCGCCAGCUGGGCCUGGGCUGUCAGAAAGUGGAGGUGGCACCUGGCUAUGUGGUGACCGUGUUGACUUGGCCAGGCACCAACCCUGCACUCUCCUCCAUCUUGCUCAACUCCCACACGGAUGUGGUGCCUGUCUUCAAGGAACAUUGGAGUCACGACCCCUUUGAGGCCUUCAAAGAUUCUGAGGGCUACAUCUAUGCCAGGGGUGCUCAAGACAUGAAGUGCGUCAGCAUCCAGUACCUGGAGGCUGUGAGGAGGCUGAAGGUGGAGGGCCACCGGUUCCCCAGAACCAUCCACAUGACCUUUGUGCCUGAUGAGGAGGUUGGGGGUCACCAAGGCAUGGAGCUGUUCGUGCAGCGGCCUGAGUUCCACGCCCUGAGGGCAGGAUUUGCCCUGGAUGAGGGCAUAGCCAACCCCACUGAUGCCUUCACUGUCUUUUAUAGUGAGCGGAGUCCCUGGUGGGUGCGGGUCACCAGCACUGGGAGGCCAGGCCAUGGCUCGCUCUUCAUCGAGGACACAGCAGCAGAGAAGCUGCACAAGGUUGUGAGCUCCAUCCUGGCAUUCCGGGAGAAGGAAUGGCAGAGGCUGCAGUCAAACCCCCACCUGAAAGAGGGGGCUGUGACGUCCGUGAACCUGACUAAGCUAGAGGGUGGCGUGGCCUAUAACGUGGUACCUGCCACCAUGAGCGCCAGCUUUGACUUCCGUGUGGCACCGGAUGUGGACUUCAAGGCUUUUGAGGAGCAGCUGCAGAGCUGGUGCCAGGCAGCUGGCGAGGGGGUCACCUUAGAGUUUGCUCAGAAGUGGAUGCACCCCCAAGUGACACCUACUGAUGACUCAAACCCCUGGUGGGCAGCUUUUAGCCGGGUCUGCAAGGACAUGAACCUCUCUCUGGAGCCUGAGAUCAUGCCUGCUGCCACUGACAGCCGUUUUAUCCGUGCGGUGGGGGUCCCAGCUCUAGGCUUCUCACCCUUGAACCGCACACCUGUGCUACUGCACGACCACGAUGAACGGCUGCAUGAGGCUGUGUUCCUCCGUGGGGUGGACAUAUAUACACGCCUGCUGCCUGCCCUUGCCAGUGUGCCUGCCCUGCCCAGUGAGAGCUGAGCCCUGGAACUCCUCAACCUUUGCCCCUGGGGCUUCCAUCCCAACCAGUGCCAAGGACCUCCUCUUCCCCCUUCCAAAUAAUAAAGUCUAUGGACAGGGCUGUCUCUGAAUUACUAACAGCAAGGA